AUGAGUGGAUCCGGCAAAGGUCUUCUGGGCUUGUGGCUCUAUAGAAAUGGUUCCGAUUGGCAAGUCAAGAACGAAGCUCCUCACCAUCCUAAGUUAGCAGAGAUCCAGGCAUGCCGACAGCACACUCAUGAUGGGGAAAGGAUCUCCGUUAUAUUCUCCGUGAAGAACCAAGUUGGUGGGUUGGUUCGAGUCUUGGGCGUUUUUCAAGAUCUCGGCAUCAAUGUUCUCCAUAUUGAAUCUAGGAAGUCCGCUAUGGAGUUAUCUGCUUCGGAUAUCUUGGUGGACGUGGAAUGUGAUCCUCGAAGGAUGGAACAGUUGAAACGUAUGUUGAAGCGGGAGGUCCAGGAUUUCGAAGUGGUGGCUUCCCAAUCUGGCGAAGACUUUCCUCCUCCGACGCCCUUGUCUGCUGCUGCGAGCUUUGAUUUCGGUGAAAUGCAUUGGUUUCCGCGGAAGAUAUCCGACCUGGAUCGAGCUCAGAACGUCCUGAUGUACGGCUCAGAUCUAGACGCCGAUCACCCAGGAUUCAAGGACCCCGUUUACCGCAAACGCCGCGAGCAGUUCGCCGCAAUCGCUAACAACUACAAAUACGGACAUCCCAUUCCGAAAGUUCAAUAUACUGAAACCGAAAUCAAGACUUGGGGUAUUGUCUUCCGGGAGCUUUUCAAGCUGUACCAGAAGCACGCAUGCGAAGAGUACUUGGAAAAUUGGCCACAACUCGUCAAAUAUUGUGGCUACAGAGAAGACAAUCUUCCUCAGCUCGAGGACGUAAAUAUUUUCCUGAAGCGUAAAACUGGUUUUCAACUACGCCCCGUUGCUGGCUACCUUUCUCCGAGGGAUUUCCUAUCGGGCCUUGCAUUUAGGGUGUUUCAUUGCACCCAGUACAUACGCCACUCUUCAGAUCCGUUUUACACACCUGAACCCGACUGCUGUCAUGAGCUGCUUGGGCACAUGCCGUUGCUCGCUAACCCAAGCUUCGCUCAAUUCUCGCAGGAACUUGGCCUGGCGUCGCUUGGUGCAUCUGACGAAGAUAUCGACAAGUUGGCAACGCUAUACUUCUUUACCGUCGAGUUUGGCCUCUGCCGUCAAGUCGACGGAACAUUCCGCGUUUACGGCGCCGGGCUACUCUCCUCCGUGGCUGAACUGCAGCACGCACUUACAACCCCCGAUAAAAUCAAACGAUUCGACCCAGAUGUCACCGUAAAUGAGGAAUGCAUCAUCACUUCUUAUCAGAAUGCUUAUUAUUAUACGGAUUCGUUCGAAGAAGCUAAGGAGAAAAUGAGAGCUUUUGCUGACAGCAUCCAGCGGCCGUUCGGAGUUAGAUACAACCCGUACACUCAAAGUGUCGAAGUCCUGAGCAAUGCUCAGAAAAUAACCGCAUUGGUUCGUGAGCUGCGAGGCGAUAUAUGCAUCGUGUCAUCCGCUAUAAAAAAGAUUUCCGCUCAAGAUUCUACUCUCGACGUCGAAACUAUCGCCAACAUGCUUCACACUGGACUGCAGGUGAACGAGAGAAGCCCGCAAAGUACUUCAGGCGGCAGUUCUCCAAAUUCAGAACGUGGCUUAUCUCCUCGACCAGAGAAAAACUAAUACAACCAAAGAUCCGAAUAAAUUCAUCGC